AUGUUAACGCCACUUGCUACUAAAGAAGAUGAUGAAACUAAAAUUUCAUCAGAAUAUUAUUCUACACAUUAUACCCCACAACAUCAUCAUUAUUAUUAUCAUCCAGUAUCAUAUAAUGAUGAAACAAAUAAUCUUCAUCAUUCACAAACAUCAAAUUUUUAUGAACCUACACAAUAUUAUACACUUUCACCUGGAUAUUCUCAUUCACAAACAAAUACACGUAUUAAUGAUGAUGAUUCAAAUAAUCAAGGAUCUUCAUCUAUUUAUAUGCCAAUUUAUUCUCAUCCUCAUUCUCAUUCUCAUUCUCAUCAUCGUCAUCAUUAUUCAUCUGAAGAUAUGUUAUUUUCACAAAAAACAUCCGAUCAACAAUCAACUUCUAUUUAUGAUUAUAAUUUAUCUCCAAUACCAACUAUACAAUCAAAUCAAAUGUUUCAUCAACAUCAAAAUUAUGUUCAAACACCUGUUGAACAAACAGCUUGUAGUACGAGCAAUAGUGGAGAUUAUUUAACACCUUAUUCACCAUUAAAUGGAGUUUGUCGAUCCGAUUCAAUUAUAGUUGAAUUAGUCAAUCGAUCGCUAUGGUUAAAAUUUGCUCCACAUACACUUGAAAAUAUUAUAACUAAAACUGGUCGUCGUAUGUUUCCAACACUUGAAUAUAAAGUUUAUGGAUUAAAACCUGAAGCAACAUAUAAUAUGUAUGUUGAUAUGGUUUUAGUUGAUGUUAAUCAUUGGAAAUUUAAUUCUGGUAAAUGGGUACCAUCGGGACAAGCUGAACAAUGUCAAAAGACAAAUCAUGUCUAUUUACAUCCGGAUUCGCCGAAUAGUGGUGCACAUUGGAUGAGAAAUGAAAAAAUUUCAUUUUCAAAAUUAAAAUUAACGAAUAAUAAACAAUUACCAACAAGUCAUCCACAAAAUCAAAUGACACUUAUUCUUAAUUCAAUGCAUAAAUACAUGCCACGUUUAAAUAUUGUUGAAGUAAGUGGUCGAUCAUCAGAUCCAACAUCAUCUAAUAAAUCAAAUUCACCACCAAAACAUACAUUUACAUUUCCUGAAACACAAUUUAUUGCUGUUACAGCUUAUCAAAAUACUGAUGUUACUCAACUUAAAAUUGAUAAUAAUCCAUUUGCUAAAGGCUUUCGAGACAGUUCUGAUAAUCGUAAUACUUAUCAUUCAUAUUCAUAUGGUUCUCCAUCACCACCAUAUGGUACUGGAAAUACUGUAGCACUUGAUUAUUAUGGAAAUGUUGCAUAUGAACAUCAACACCCAUAUAAAAAGAAACGACAUCAUUGA